GAAAAUCAGAGAAAACUGUGCAAAAAGUCAACGUAAGGAAAAAUCAAUAAAAAUUUUCAUUUUCACUAGUGGUGUAUUGUAUUUUAUGCAGAAAUUUUGUUAAAUAAAUUACCUGAAUCUUUAAUGGAGUUUAAAGUGAAUUAAAUAAUCAAUUAUACACGAAUAUAUAAGCUAUAAGAAAAGUGGUUUUGCUACGCCCAUUUUGACCGAAUAGGCCAGAGUCACAGAAAGAAAUUGAAAUUAUUGUUAAAUAAGCCGUCGUGUCAAAGUCGCGAUCGGUGUCGCCUACUUCGAUGCUGUAAUCUAUAAAUCUUAAUUCAAGACGUAUUUGUUAACAUUGCGGUCACCAGUUUGAAAUAAUAAAUCAAAAGUAAGGCGUACAAAUAAAUUGAAAGUGCACGUUUGUUAAAGAUUGUUUUAUUACAACUAUUUCGCCUUCGUCAUCGCUUAAUGCAGUUAGGGGCGUGCAGCUAAAAGGCGAUAGGGUCGUAUUAGUAAAGCGAUAUAAUAGCACUUGCUAUAUAAAAGAAAAAUAUUUAUGCCAUUAGCCGAAAAAUUAAACUACUAGAAUAACGAAAUGAGAAAACUUCUAUCAGUUAUUGAAAUGUGCUAUGUUCAAAAGCCGGUUAAUUAUUUGUGACUGAAUUUGAAAGAAAAAUGAUUCAACUUGCAUUCUUUAUGCUUGUAGUGUAUACCGAUAUAAGUAUAUCUGAUAGUAAGGCCGAUUUCAACGCACAGCAAAUCACUGCUUUUGUUAAUCAGCCAGUCGCUAGUACCGGGCGCAACUAAAUUCAAACUACAGCAACUCGGCAGGCAUCUUAUCUGCCUUGCUGCUGCCUCUGCGUUUAUUAGCGAGCACAUCGAAACCAAUACUCUAAGGCGGAUUACGAAAGUUUCGCCAUUUGUGUAUUAACACAUAAUAUUCAACUGCAUAAAUAAACGCCGGCGAUAUACAUAGUAGUAUUAUUUUGAAAAGAUUCGUUCGGGUUUACUACAACAUUUAAAGUUAAAUCAUAGCAGCAGGCUCGGCAGCAUCAACCAGAUUCUCGGAAUAUUGUUGUUCAACACAAAAGUAAAGGUUUCUUAUCGAAGUAGUUUUGCAGUAAAUCAGCGAAAAUUAAUAAAUUAACCACUAUGGCACCUGUGCGGGGGGACGGCAUGAGAGGUUUGGCGGUUUUUAUAUCGGAUAUAAGAAAUUGUAAAAGUAAAGAGGCCGAAGUGAAGCGCAUCAAUAAGGAGCUCGCCAAUAUACGUAGCAAAUUCAAAGGGGAUAAGACGCUUGAUGGCUAUCAAAAGAAGAAGUAUGUGUGUAAGCUAUUGUUUAUUUUUCUACUGGGACAUGACAUCGACUUUGGCCACAUGGAGGCGGUCAAUUUACUCUCUUCAAACAAAUAUUCCGAAAAGCAAAUUGGCUACCUAUUCAUUUCGGUCUUAGUGAACACCAAUAGCGAUUUAAUACGCUUGAUCAUACAGUCGAUCAAAAAUGACUUGCAAUCCCGUAAUCCUGUUCAUGUGAACUUGGCACUGCAGUGUAUUGCUAAUAUUGGUAGUCGGGAUAUGGCUGAAUCUUUCUCGAAUGAGAUACCAAAGUUAUUGGUAUCAGGUGACACAAUGGAUGUUGUAAAACAAUCGGCGGCGCUUUGUCUUCUACGUUUAUUCCGUUCCAGUCCAGAUAUAAUACCAGGUGGUGAGUGGACUUCCCGUAUCAUUCACUUGCUCAAUGAUCAACAUAUGGGCGUCGUGACAGCGGCCACUUCCUUGAUUGAUGCUCUUGUUAAGCGCAAUCCAGAUGAGUAUAAAGGUUGCGUAAAUCUAGCCGUUUCGCGCCUCUCACGCAUCGUUACAGCCAGUUAUACGGAUUUACAAGAUUACACAUAUUAUUUUGUGCCAGCGCCAUGGUUGUCGGUGAAGUUAUUGCGCUUGCUACAAAACUACAAUCCGGUAACUGAAGAGCCUGGUGUGCGAGCACGUUUGAAUGAAACACUGGAGACUAUCUUGAAUAAGGCGCAAGAACCACCGAAGAGUAAAAAAGUUCAACAUUCGAAUGCCAAGAAUGCAGUGUUGUUCGAGGCUAUUAACUUAAUUAUUCAUAGUGACAGUGAGCCGAAUUUGUUGGUUCGAGCCUGCAAUCAAUUGGGACAAUUUUUGAGUAAUCGCGAGACAAAUUUGCGUUAUUUGGCAUUGGAGUCAAUGUGCCAUUUGGCCACGUCAGAGUUUUCCCACGAAGAAGUAAAGAAACAUCAGGAGGUUGUCAUUUUAUCUAUGAAGAUGGAAAAAGAUGUUUCGGUGCGCCAAAUGGCCGUGGAUUUGUUGUAUGCCAUGUGCGAUCGUGGCAAUGCUGAGGAAAUUGUACAAGAAAUGCUCAAUUACUUGGAGACAGCUGACUAUUCCAUACGCGAAGAAAUGGUGCUUAAAGUGGCGAUAUUGGCUGAGAAAUACGCUACUGAUUACACUUGGUAUGUGGAUGUCAUUCUCAAUCUUAUACGUAUUGCUGGCGAUUACGUCUCUGAGGAGGUGUGGUAUCGUGUCAUACAGAUUGUAAUUAAUCGGGAAGAAGUUCAAGGCUAUGCAGCCAAAACCGUUUUCGAAGCUCUGCAGGCGCCAGCUUGUCAUGAAAAUAUGGUUAAAGUAGGUGGAUAUAUUCUAGGCGAAUUUGGCAAUCUGAUCGCUGGUGACUCACGCUCCGCUCCGCUCGUUCAAUUCAAAUUGUUGCACUCGAAAUAUCAUCUUUGCUCACCUAUGACACGCGCAUUAUUGCUAUCUACCUACAUUAAAUUUAUAAAUCUAUUCCCUGAGAUACGCAUCAACAUCCAGGAAGUGUUUCGUCAACAUAGUAAUUUACGCUCUGCGGAUGCCGAGUUGCAACAGCGUGCAAGCGAAUACUUACAAUUGAGUAUUGUGGCAUCGACUGAUGUUUUGGCGACUGUGCUAGAAGAGAUGCCAUCAUUCCCCGAGCGAGAAAGUUCGAUUUUGGCCGUUUUGAAGAAGAAGAAACCUGGCCGUGUGCCCGAAAAUGAGAUACGCGAGUCAAAGAGUCCAGCACCAAAUGCGUUGGCGCAGAAUAACGUAAUCGUAAAUCACAAAGUAAAUAGCAAUGCCAAUGCAGACUUGUUAGGUUUGAGCACACCACCAGCUGGUUUAAAUAACACUGGAGGCAGUGGAACUUUAAUCGAUGUAUUGGGCGAUAUCUAUGGCAAUAACAAUGCGGCGACUUACAACACCAAGAAGUUCCUUUUCAAGAAUAAUGGUGUGCUUUUUGAAAACGAAAUGCUGCAAAUCGGUGUCAAGAGUGAAUUUCGACAAAAUCUUGGGCGUUUAGGCUUAUUUUAUGGCAAUAAGACACAAAUACCUUUGACGAAUUUUAUGCCAGUACUCCAAUGGAUCGCAGAGGAUGCAUUGAAGCUUAAUGUACAAGUAAAACCUGUUGACCCUACACUGGAAGCUGGCGCACAAAUUCAGCAACUACUCACCGCUGAAUGCAUUGAGGACUACGCGGAUGCACCCACAAUUGAGGUGAAUUUCCGCUAUAAUAAUGUGCCACAGAAAUUCAGCAUAAAGUUGCCACUGACGUUAAAUAAAUUUUUUGAGCCCACGGAAAUGAAUGGCGAGUCAUUUUUCGCACGAUGGAAAAAUUUAGGCGGGGAACAACAAAGAGCACAAAAGGUCUUCAAGGCACAGCAGCCAUUGGAUCUCCCGGCUGCGCGCAAUAAGCUUAUGGGAUUCGGUAUGCAACUAUUGGACAAUGUGGACCCUAAUCCCGAUAAUAUGGUGUGUGCGGGCAUUAUACACACACAAACGCAACAGGUGGGCUGUCUGUUGAGACUGGAACCGAAUAAACAAGCGCAGAUGUUUCGACUCACUAUACGCGCUAGCAAAGAAACAGUUACCCGCGAAAUAUGUGAUCUACUUUCAGAUCAAUUUUAAACAAAACUAAAUAUGAACGACCUUCUAUGCGUAGGUUAAAAAGUAAAUAUUCAAUAAAAAAAACAAUCUAAACUGAUUAAGACUCUACUUUAGCGCUUGCAUAGGCUGCGGUUAUUAAGCAAAGAACAGACAGAGAUACAAAAAUGUGUAACGAAAAUUAUAAGAAAUAACUACUAUCUAUUAUUUAGCACAAUUCACAAAUCUAAAGGCAACCCUUUUUAUCAAUAUAUACAUACGUAAAAAGAGUAUAGAAAGAAAAUUUCAAAUGUGUGAACAAUUGUAUAGCUUUUGCAAAAUAUUAGCAUAACAAAUUGUGAACAGUUUUUGUUUACAAAUUUAGUUUUCCAUGUGUGUGAGUGUGAAAGUGUUACGAAAACUCCGGAUCGUUAAAAUUGCGUUUAAAUUACUAGAUCCACAACUGAAUGAUUGACAGUUUAAUGUUUGUUUACCAUUCAUUCUAACCACACCAUUUCAAACCACAAUUUCACAUUUCAAACAAAAUAAUAGUAAUCGCAAUGUUUGUUCGUUAAGAAUUAAAAUAGAAACAUGAAAUGUAAUACUGAAAAUUCAUGGAAAUCGAUCAGAUAUAAAACGAUGCAAGCAUAUUAUUUUAAGUUGAAUCCUAAAAUUGUUGAACAAAGCAACCUAUGCGAAUAAAUAUGUAAUUAAUUAAUUUUACAUAAAAAUUUGUUUGCUUAAAAAUAUGUUUGAAGGAAAACAAUAAUAAUCAGUAGAAAACGAAAUGUAUAAAGGAAACAAGAAAAAUAGCAAUACUUUUAAAAAAAAACAAAGAAUAAUAGAAAUACAACUUUAUCUCUAAUACAAGAAGGGGCGUAAGCGUGUUGCUCGUCGCUAUAUGAUAUGCCGAGAAGUAUUCAAUGAAAUUGAAAGUUAGCGUGUAUUCCUCUAUAAAUCGACUUGGCUUUCAUUAGAAAGGAGUAAAGAAUAUACUGUAUAUACCUUUAAAAUAUAUGAGUUCAUAAUACUUAAUAUGAAUAGUUAAAAAGGAGGUUUUGUUGUAAUAUAUAAAUAUCAGACAAAACUUUUGUUAUCGUUAUAUCAUUAUAAACUUCAGUAACUACUAUUUAAUACUAUACUAUCGCAAGUAUAUGCAUGCAUUGAUGUAAAGGAAUUUAAAUGAAUUUAAAUAAUCUCAUACUAGAUAAAUAAUCUCACAGGCAUGUUAAAAACCAUGGAUUUGCAGAACAAAAUAAUAUUAAAAUAUAUUUGUUUGUUGGUGUUUGUGUUGUGCGAUUAAGCGAUUUUUGUAUAAUGCAUAUUAACUGAUAUGUUUUCUCUUUUGCCUAAUAUUGUUAUGAACUAACAUAGCAGUACCGUAUUUUUUAUGGUUUAAUAAACAGUUGACUUAGAUGUAGUUGAUAUAUCCUUUAUCGUUAGGUGUCAGAGCUUUAAUUUAUCAAUAUUUGCAACAAAACGAAAAAAAUCAUAUAAUAUGUUUGAAAUUUCGAUUAAAAUUACUAAAAAGCAUUCCAAAAAAAAAAAGAAUUAAUUAAUUAAAAUUUCGAUAACUGAUUUUUUAAUAAAACAUAAUAGUAAAGAUGUUUGAAAAAAUAUGAUUACUUAAUCGCAUAACCCACAUAUUUUGUACAAACUCAUGAACUCAAAACACCUAGUGGCAAAAUAUACAAGGCAGGCAUAACGUGCCGCUAACAAUUUAUCGUUAUUACAAUAUAUUUAUGUAUAUUAUUAUUGUAUUUUUUUCAUGCAUUUAAUGUAUUGUAGUAUAAAUGUUCACAAUCCAAAUCUGUGCAACCUAACGAAAGAAAUGUUCUCCUGCUUUUUGUACUCAUUACGUUUUCAUAAUGAUAAAUAGUUGUAAGUUUACGAACAAUUAAAUGUUAAUAUGUUUUGUAUUAUUAUAUGUUUUUAUGCAUAAUAUAUAUAAUCAACAAUUUGGAUUAUGAACUAUUUGAUAUUGCCGUUAAAUGCAAAUUACAUAAUAUAGCGUAUUCCCAAGUAGUGCUAUUUAUCGUAUUGCUAUAAUAGUGUCAUAGUAUUAAUACAGUUAUAAACUUGUUUUUUACUCGAAACAUUUUUAUAUAUUACAUUUUUUUGAUCACAGCACUCUGACAGAUCGCCUUAAUGUAAUAUUUAUAUUUGCAGUUCGAUCAGUUGUUUCUGUUUAUCACUUUUUUCUGAUUUGGGCAAAGGCGAACGUUGCAAAUACAAUGACUUACAAUUAAAUAAUGUAGUAAUUAAUCGCUCACACGUUCCGCUUUAAAGCUGUGUAAUUUUAAUAGUAGUUGAAUAGUAUCAACUACGAAAAACAGCACUACUUGUGAACUUCAUAAUAGUAUUAAAUGUAGUAUUUGUCAAAUCGUCUAUAUUUAAUGAAGCUAGUUAAGCUACGACGUUAAAAGCAUUAUGCUACCAGGAAAACGAAUAACCAAAUUCAAUAAAGUAUAUAAACCUUAUGUGAAAAAUCUGCA